CCCAACUCCUCCCUCCUACCCUGCGCAUCGUGCGCGCGCGUCAAAUUGGAACGGCGUCGUCUGUCCUCAAGUGCGCGCGCGCUGCCUCAGACGACCUGCACUUGACUUGACAGCUCAAACCAAAACAGCAGCGUCAGGCUAAGUUUUGUAGAAUCCUGAUUGGGCCCCUCUUGACUUGAGUUAUGGGGAAGGAGAAGGUCCACAUCAACAUCGUGGUGAUCGGCCACGUGGACUCCGGCAAGUCCACCACCACGGGCCACCUCAUCUAUAAGUGCGGCGGUAUCGAUAAACGGACCAUCGAAAAGUUUGAGAAGGAAGCUGCCGAGAUGGGGAAGGGGUCGUUCAAGUACGCCUGGGUGCUGGACAAGUUGAAGGCCGAGAGGGAGCGCGGCAUCACCAUCGACAUCUCGCUGUGGAAGUUCGAGACCACCAAAUACUACGUGACCAUCAUUGACGCUCCCGGUCACAGGGAUUUCAUCAAGAACAUGAUCACCGGGACUUCUCAGGCGGACUGCGCCGUGCUGAUUGUGGCCGCCGGCGUGGGGGAGUUUGAAGCCGGCAUCUCCAAGAACGGUCAGACCCGCGAACACGCCCUACUGGCCUACACGCUAGGCGUGAAGCAGCUGAUCGUGGGCAUCAACAAGAUGGACUCCACCGAGCCCAACUACAGCCAAAAGCGAUACGAGGAAAUUGUCAAGGAAGUCAGCACUUACAUCAAGAAGAUAGGCUACAAUCCAGACACUGUGCCUUUCGUUCCAAUUUCCGGCUGGAAUGGCGACAACAUGCUUGAUGCCAGCCCCAAUAUGCAAUGGUUCAAGGGGUGGAAGAUCACCAGGAAGGAUGGUAACGCAUCAGGCACCACGCUCCUGGAAGCCCUGGAUGCCAUUCAGCCACCCACCCGUCCAACAAACAAACCUCUCCGUCUGCCCCUUCAGGAUGUUUACAAGAUCGGAGGUAUUGGCACCGUUCCCGUGGGUCGUGUGGAAACGGGCAUCCUAAAGCCCGGCAUGGUGGUGACGUUCGCUCCCGUCAACAUAACCACUGAGGUGAAGUCGGUGGAGAUGCACCACGAGGCCCUGUCAGAGGCUCUGCCUGGUGACAACGUCGGCUUCAACGUAAAGAACGUGUCCGUUAAGGACAUCCGCCGCGGCAACGUGGCCGGUGACAGCAAGACCGAUCCGCCGCAGGAGGCAGCCAGCUUCACUGCUCAGGUCAUCAUUCUUAACCACCCUGGCCAAAUAAGUGCUGGCUACGCACCUGUGCUGGACUGUCACACUGCUCACAUUGCCUGCAAAUUCGCUGAGCUCAAGGAAAAGAUUGACCGCCGCUCUGGAAAGAAGCUGGAGGACAAUCCCAAAUCCCUCAAGUCUGGAGACGCGGCCAUCGUGGACAUGACUCCGGGCAAGCCCAUGUGUGUCGAGAGCUUCUCCGAGUAUCCCCCACUGGGCCGUUUCGCAGUGCGCGACAUGCGCCAGACCGUGGCCGUGGGAGUCAUCAAGGGUGUGGAGAAAAAGGCCUCCACCACCGGCAAAGUCACCAAAUCUGCCCAGAAGGCCCAGAGGAACAAAUGAAUGUUGUGCUACGCUGCCGACCCCAGGGUCUCCCAGGGCAGGACAUCGGUCAUCCGGCUUCAUCUCAUGAUUGGCUGCUUCAAUGUAAUAACCAAAGACUGGUUAAUAAUCACAAUGCAUCGCAAGACCAUCCGAAGAAAAGAACAACAUGCAGAUCCGCCGACUCCUAUUGAGGAUGGUUUACAAUGUAAUAACACGUCAUUUGAAGUGUACACUGUUCAUUGGCAAUUACCAUAGUUUUCACUAUUCCAAUAGAUCUGUAUUUAGCUCUCAAGUACAAUUUACAUGGUGAAUGUUGUCCUUUCUUGGUGUCCGUUUUACGUUACACUGCGCUACACGUGAGCCUACGACUAGCAGUUAAAACUACUGUAUAUUAUAAGUAGUAAGUAGGUAGAUCGUAACGUUUUGUUGUGAUUAAGCUUUAAGUGGCAUUUAAGACGAACCGAAUUGUGUGUCCUUCCCGAGGGGAUCCAAGUUGGCCUCCUAAUUGUUUAAGCACUUUCAUUGGCACUUUGCUAACUUUGCACAUGCACUGGAGAUAUAUUUCAAAACUGACUAAGCUAUUGCACCUUACUGUAGGUGGCACAAACCGCCGUGCGACAUUAAACUAUUCCA